AUGGAAGACGAUUUCUCAAAAGAACUUAUUUACCUAACUAAUCUCACUAACAUUAACCCCGAAAAUAAAUUCACUCAAAAAGAUAAGAUCCACAUAUUUUCCUACUUUACUAAAAACAAAGAUCAAAAGAAAGAUGCGUGGUUAUUCCUUCAAUCCUUACAAACGGAAAAUGAUAAACUUGAAUACUUGAAGACUUUUAUUACGUCUGAUCUCAAUGCAGCCAAACCCGCCAAGGAUGAAAUCAUAAAAUUUUGGAAUAAGCUAUCUGAAGCUCAAAUUAUCUUCCUAAGAUCGCAAGAUAUGGAAUUUGAAUUUCUACCUACUCGUUUUGAACUUAAGGAUGAAACGAGUUUGGAAUAUACAUUGCGACCCACUGUGGCACAUGAAUUCAAGAAUAAUAAAUAUUUUACUCAGAAUAAAUUCGUAACUCAAAAUAUCUUGGAUGAUUUGCUAAAAAAGUCAGAUGAGUUGGAAGACAAUUGUGCAGCAAUUCUAUGCUUACCUGACGGUGUGUUCUUCUUAGGUGAAGAAAAGUUCAGGUCUCAUUUACUUAUACGAAAUUGUUAUUUGCAAUUAACCCGGCUGUUAAAGAAUGGCCCAUCUAAAUAUGGUUGCGUAAUUACAGGCACACCGGGAAUUGGUAAAACUUACUUCGGCCUUUUCCUUUUAUAUUAUAUACGUUUGUACUAUCCUGACUCUACAGUUAUAUGGCAUAAAGCAGAUUCUCAAUUCGGAACAAGCUACUGUUUUUUUCCAAGUGGAGAGGUACAGAUUGGACAUUUCAAUUGUUUUAGAUCAAUUGCUAGUGAAAGAAAGAAUUUCUACCUGGUGGACGCACAGGUUCCAGAAGGAUGCAGUGCUUAUACCAUUCUAUUAACAUCGCCUAAGCAAGAUUUAUUUAAUAAUUUUAUAAAACCAUAUGGUUUCACAAAAUAUUAUAUGCCAAUUUGGGAUCAUAACGAAAUAAUUACACUUUGGAAUGCUUGCUAUGAGAAUAUUAUGAAUACUAGAGAUGAACGUUUUACACUUGAAAUAGUUGAGACACUAAUGGGUAUGUGGGGACCAAUACCUCGAUCAAUCCUUGAAAAUUGGGAUGAUGCGUUAUAUAAUGAAAAAGAAUUUGAGACAUUGAUUCAUGAAAUCGAUUUAAAAAAUUGUAUGAAAUCUGUCAAUGAAGCAGGAAUGUCCAAAAACUCUGCAAGUGGUAGACUUAUACACAUCCAUGUAGGACCAAACUUUACAGAUAAACAUUAUCAAUUUGCUUCAUCGUUGGUAUCCCACACAUUGAUCAAUUUAUAUGAAAAGCAAUUGGGAAACGAUCUUCGUGAUUUAAUCACAUGCAGUAGUAAUCAAUCUCCAAUUGCUUCAUAUCGAGGCAAUCUUUUUGAAGACAUUGCCCAUAAGGAAUUAUCAAAAGGUGGCAGAUUUAGAAUACGAGAGUUGAAGAAAGGAGUAAAUACAACUGAGAUUAAAGAUAAAGAAGUUGAAAAAUUGGAAUAUAAUUGGUUUACGACAAUGAAACAUGUACGUGAAGAUUGUUAUAAUAGGCCGAAGUCAAAGAUUUUCGAAACAAUUGACUCGUUCAGUCUUGAAAAAUGUGAUAGGACCUUAGCUUUGUAUCAAAUUACAGUUUCAAUGAAUCAUGGUAUCAAGGCAAAAGGGCUUAAGGUUUUCAAACGUUCCAAGUGGGAUAACUCGUCCAAAAAAUUCAUAGAAUGGGAUGAAAGUUUCAAAUUAUAUUUUGUAGUACCGUCAGAAAACUUUGAAACAUUUCCCUGGCAAUCUUAUAGGACCAAAACUAAUAAUAGUAUUAAAAACCAUCCACAAUGGAUUAAGGAAAUACCACAAUAUGCAUUGGAGAUUAGACUGGAUAGAGAGCAAAUUGGCUAG